AUGGUAGAAGUUAGGGAGCUCAUAACGUUUUGUUCGGAGGGGAACAUGGAGUUGUUAAAGCGGCAUAUUAUGAACGCAGAGCGUAAAGGAAGGAGCAUCUCUGCCAUCAUCAAUACGCCCACCAGUUCCGGGCAAACCAUUUUGAUUUCUGCCUGUCGAAAUGGAAAGCUUGAAAUCGUACAGUAUCUUGUGGAUGAGUGUGGGGCGGAUAUGGAGCAGGUCGGCACCGUGCAUUUUGAUGGUGAAGCAGUUGAAGGUGUGACACCAUUAUGGUGUGCUGCAGCUGCUAACUAUCUCGAAAUCGUGCGUUUCCUUGUCGAACGUGGUGCUGACGUUAACCGCACCACUAUUACCAACUCUACUGCUCUUCGUGCUGCAUGCUUUGACGGUCACGAGGCGAUUGUGCGUUACCUUGUUGAGCAAGGAGCCAACGUUGAGACACCGAAUCGGCACGAGCACACGUGCCUCAUGAUUGCCUGUUUCCGUGGCCACGAAAGGGUCGUCAGAUACCUUCUUUCUAAGGGGGCUCGUGUCAACCGACGAUCGGCUAAAGGCAACACGGCGUUGCACGAUUGCGCAGAAAGCGGCAACCUCGACAGUCUAACCCUCCUACUUUGCUAUGGUGCUUUAAUGCGGCCUGAUGAGUAUGGCCAGACGCCUAUUAUUUCAGGUGCUAAUUCUGCUUACAAAAAGGUUGUGGAAUAUCUAUGCGAUCUACGGACGCCCUAUGGCGAAAUGGUCGUUCCAGUUGAGGAGCAGGCUGCCGCACGCGAACUCCUGGGUGCUUCUCUUUAUGAUAGACAAUCCAGAGUACAAGACGCAGUCAUUGAGUGGCAGUAUGCAAUGAAAUUGCGGCGAGCCCACUUCGGCUACACCAAGCGUCUACCUCCCGUAGACGAAGCUGCCCGAAAUCACUAUGCUUGGAGCCUCAUUCGAGCUACCGCUUACAACGCUGUUGCUCUGGAAAUGGCAAAGAAGGAGAGGGGGAGAGGGAGCUCUAACGUUAAAGCGAAUGAAGUUGAUAUUGACCUUACUAGAAGACUUCCUCCACCGCUGCCCUCUACCAUUAUUACGGAUCCCAUUUGGGCUAAAAAACAUGCUGCGCGGGCGGAAUUAUUAGCGCAGAAGUAUGAACAACUGCUUUCCUUUUGCAAGACUGAUUCGUCCACAUGCCACAAUUGGACAGGUGAUGGCUUGAAGUCACCUGAGCAACAGCUCAGAUCAGCCGUUGAUGCAGUGCUCGGUGUGGCACCCGAUUUUUACCCCCAUUUUUCACGUCACAUUCGUCGCCCACUUGAAGGCACGGAAGGCGAUGUCACGCCUCAGAUCCCAUCGCGCAUCGCGUCUGACGAGGCAUAUCGGCUCCGUUACUUCACUGUUUCUGAAGAGGCGAUUUCGCGUGGAGCGGUCGACCCUUGCGAAAUAUUUGAAGCAGCAGAAGAGAAACUCCAAUCGGAGCCAGCGUCAUCCCAAACGGAGCCUCUGCUCAUCACGAGGUUACGGCGAUACAGCCUAACAGCCUUCGGAUUGGUCCGUGAGUUCGCCGAUUUCGCGGAACUGAAUCACGUCACCCAGGAUGCCUACGCAUUGCCUUUACAACCCUUACUUAUUCGAUUGAGAAUUCUGGGUCCUGAUCACCCUGAUACUAUCUAUUUUCUCCGCUAUCGUGGAGCGACGUACGCGGACACUGGUGCGAUAGCUCAAUGCCUCGCAUUUUGGCGCUACGCAAUUGAACUGCAGCGGGUCUUUCUUGAACCUCUCUCCUACGUCUCACAGUCCUCCUUUUUGGCCUUUGCAGAGCUGUACAAUAUUGUCCUCUCCAAUCGAUACUCCGGCCUUCGUGCUGUCCGCUUGCAGCCCUCUCUCAUCAUCGACUCCAUCGAACUUGCUGUAGAUAAUAUUGAGAGAGGUAUGGAGUACUCUUACCCCCACUGGCACGGGCGUAUGCCAUGGGCGUAUACGAGCGCGGACAAAGAGGCGACGAAUCUGCACCGUCACGUACGCCUCUGUUUGCACUUCAUUGCGCUUCUUGCCUAUUACUUUUGUCCGCCCGACGCGCGUCCUCCGCCACUGCAUCGUUAUCGAAUGCAAGAAUUGCGUAACACCCCAAAUGGGAUGGUUGCACCGACACAGGCACCCAUCUUCUCAGGCACAUUUCCGCUGCUGGAGCCCCCCACAGAAACAGCAUCCUCAAUGCCUGACUCCACAGAGGCCUCGGAGGAAUUGCCUGCGUCCACUGCUUGGGGUAUUUUCGUUCCUUCGGAGUCAGAGCAUGCUGAAAUGCGCAGCAAAAUGACUUCUGCUUUGUUGGAGCGAUUUUUCCGACAGGUGAAUAGACUGGUGAGACUAGAUCCACGUGUUCACGAAGGCGCGAGUCCGUUGCACAUGGCUGCGUCGUGUUCGCGCUUGGUGCGAUGCGAUCUUUUGCCUCUGCCUCAUGCGGAUCUCCUUCGCCUCCUCACUGCAGUGGGUGCUGAUCCUGACGUUAAGGAUGCCUGUGGUCAUCGUCCGAUCGGCCGCAUUCUUGCUUCCCACGCUCUCUCUGAGUCCCAGAAGGCGGAGCUGGUUUCUACUCUCGUUCUGGAUUGUGGAGCUCACUUUGACGCCGCUGCCAUGCCUCCACCCUUUGGCGAGGACACGGUGCCAGAAGGAGGCGCUUUCGGCAGGGCUGAAGCACUGGACGUUGAUUCUUCCCCAUCUACAUCAACUAGGUCCGUUGCUUCUACCUCUCCCUCUCCCAGACCCGUCACUGAUGCUGCUGCUUCUGAAACCCCUGCUACCGCUGCGAGUGAUGAUGUUUAUAACGGAAUGAACACUAUUUCUGCCAAUCCUUUGUCAGCUACUAGCUCCGCUCUAAGGUCUGCUGCUGUUAUUAUGGCCUCCUUCGCUUCUAGCUCCUCCUCCUCCUCCUCCUCCUCCUCUCCCUCCUCGGUCACGACCUCCGCUCUUCGAUUGGCUAGGUCUACAGGCGGCUGUUCAGCAGCAGCUGGGGUUGGAGCGACGCGCCACAACACGAUGACGUGGCCUUGGGGGCGGGCGUGCGCACGGAUACUAGCGAUUUCGGGCCUCCACCCCUUGAGACAUGUGAAUCUCCAGUGCCUAGCGGCGCGUGCUCUGCCUCGAUCGUUGCAUCAUUGGUUGCCCAGUCAUCUGGUCGAUUUUGUAAGGCUGCACCAUCACUACCCUCAGGAGCAACAGCAGGAACACCGACGGAGUCGAGACACUCAGCGGGAUUAA